CUUUUAAUACAGAAAAGCGACAAGGUGCUAAGAAUGCUUUUGAGAAAGAUUUCUUUAAACUCAUGAAUAACUCAGUAUAUGGCAAAACUAUGGAAAAUGUUCACAAAUACCAAGACGUCAAGCUCAUGGCUAUGAAUAAUGAGCAAGACGAAAAGAAAUUUAUUAAGCAGAUCUGUAAACUCUCUUUUAAAUAUGCUAGACAGCUUGGAAAUACACUUGUUGGAGCACAUAUAGGAAAAACUAAAAGAUAUAGUGAUAAAGCAAUACUUGGAUAUAUGGAUACAGACUCAUUUAUAUUUAUAGUUAAAACUGAAGAUAUCUAUAAAGAUAUGGCUGAACAACCUGACCUUUUCGACCUUAAUGAUUCUAAGACUAUUGGGCUUUAUAAAGAUGAGACUCCAGGCAAUGUGAUUACAGAAUCUUAUCAUAUUCGGGCUAAAUCAUAUCACUAUGUCUUAGCAGAUAAGUCUACAAAGUCUAAGCAUAAGGGGGUUAGUAAAAAAGGUAUAAAUAAAAUGGCCAUAAAUUCAUACAUGCCAGCUUUAGAAGGGUCCUUGCUAGAUGAUCCGAUAGAUAGAUCAUUAUUAUCAGAACAAGAAGCUAUGCGAACUGAGGCAGAUCCUAUAACCCUAGUAUUUCGGGACUGUCUCUUUGAUAAGGAAGUAUUCUAUGCCAAAAAUGUAGGUAUUCAUUCAAAAAACCAUAUAUUAUCUUUGAUCGAAUCAGAAAAGAAGGCUCUUUGUCCUAUAGAUACUAAGCAUUGGAUAUUAUUUGAUAAAAUAACUAGUUUUCUAUAUGAUCAUUGGCAUAUACAAGCAUAUAAAAAUUUUAUAUCAAAUGGAAUAUCCCAAGAGUUGGCUGAACAAAGAGCUUCAAGUUUGAUAAUGGCUGAAUUAUGUGACCAAGUUUCCCAGUACAUAGGCUUCAAACCUAAUGAAAUUCAUUUUCCAAUCAUAGAAGAAGAUAGACAGAUAUUGCAAGAAAUAAUAUUAGACCAAAAAGAAAUAGAAGAUAUUGUAAUGAAUGAUUACCAAUUUUUGUUACAUUAUGGACAUAAUGCAUAUACGGUAUCUCAAGCUGAAAAGAUCUUAAUUAAUCCACCCAAAGAUUUACCAGAAAGCUAUUAG